AUGCCGACGUCGGCAGCGCUGCUGUGUAUAAAGCAACCGCCGCCACACACCUCCUCACUGUCAGCUCUCAGCCCUCAGUCGACAAGCACAAUGUCUCGCGUUCUCUCACUGGUGUGCCUUUUGGCGGUGGCCUGCCUGGCCCUGCUGUGUGGCUGUGAGGCCUCCUACCCUCUGGCCGUCUCACACGGACACGGGUACUACCCGUACAGCUACAAGUACCCUGGCUACGGGUACCACGGCUACUCGUCCCACUACGGCUACCCUGGCUGGGGCUACAAGGGGUACCCUGGUUGGGGCCACCACGGCUACCCUGGAUACGGUUACCAUGGUUACCACGGCUACGGUGUGUGCCUUCUGGCGGUGGCCUGCCUGGCCCUGCUGUGUGGCUGUGAGGCCUCCUACCCCCUGGCCGUCUCACACGGACACGGGUACUACCCGUACAGCUACAAGUACCCUGGUUACGGGUACCACGGCUACUCGUCCCAAUACGGUUACCCUGGCUGGGGCUACAAGGGGUACCCUGGGUGGGGACACCACGGCUACUCUGGAUACGGCUACCAUGGCUACGGUAACCACUACGGCUACCCCGGAUAUGGCUACCAUGGUUACCACGGCUACGGUAACCACUACGGUUACCCUGGACACGGAAGCAUAGGUUUUCUGAACAUACGAAGAACUGCAGACAUUAUCCCGAAAGUGUUCUCCAGCACCAGCAACUCCGCUGAGUCUGUUGUUGAACACAAGUUCGACCAAGUGUUGUGCAUAUUCGCCAGGGUGUGCCUUCUGGCGGUGGCCUGCCUGGCCCUGCUGUGUGGCUGUGAGGCGUCCUACCCUCUAGCCGUCUCACACGGACACGGGUACUACCCGUACAGCUACAAGUACCCUGGCUACGGGUACCACGGUAAGUGA